AAAAGGUUGUUUGUUGAGUAAGAAUUAUGUUCGUUACUCUCUUGAUCGUUCCAUGUGUAAACUUAAAAAAGAUCUUAGCGUAAUGUACUCUAGAUAUUGAACGGUUAAAUAGAACUCGUGACUAAUGCGAACAUAACCUCUCAAAAUAUGUGAAAUUCUAUAAAAUGGUUCAAGUAUGUAAUUAUGCGCGAGCGAAAUGCAACAACAAAGUAAUACGAUUGUUUAGUGCUAAGGUAUCAUUUAACCUAAAAACUCCUACACAAACUGACAUGAUUGGACCACCUGAUCCGAUUUCGAAUUUAAGACCGAUAAUAUUCGCAAAAUUUGACAAGGAGAGCAAACUUGAGAAGAUAUACAGAGAAGUCAGAGAAGAGACACAAAUAUGGAAUCAAAAGUUCUGGACGAAACACAAUAUCAGCUUCAUAGAGGAGCGUAAACGAUUUCAAGAAAAUCUAAAAACACAAGGGAAGACCUCGAUUAAUACAGAUGAUAUGUCAGUAUUUUAUAAAGAGUUUUUGGAUAAAAAUUGGCGAAUGCACAUGAACUAUAAUAUCGCAUGGUAUAAAAGAAACGUUAAGUUAUUGUUCCUCGAAAUUGCAGUAAGAAUGUCCAAAUUAAAAUUUAAAUAA